UACAUUCAAAAGUGGAGUACUUUAUUUGUUAGACUUAUUACUGAUAAUCGCUUGAACUUUGGCUCAACUUUUCUUACCAGCCAAGAUGUAAUCACUUGACACUCCGACGCGUACAUUGCAAGGAAGAACAGAAACGGAAUUUUAGGUUUCUUAUUGAAGUAAUGUCAGCCGGUGGAAUUUUAAGCAUAGCAGAGGUAAAUGCUCUGCCACUUGAACAAUUCGAUUGGCUUUUUGGAAAUGUCGUUGAGCACUGCCCGGAAGCUGCUCGAGCUGUGGUUUCAAAAAGGCCAUUUGUAAAUAAAGAGGCCUUAAAAAAAUCGUUUGAUGACUAUUUGGAAAAUUUGGAUGAUACUGGAAAAGAAUCUGUUUUACUUAAACAUCCGGAUUUGGCUGGAAAAUUGGCUGAAGUGGGAAAACUUACACAGGAAUCGUCGAAUGAACAAAAGUCUGCAGGUCUCGAUGCAUUAACGAAGGAAGAAAAGCAGACACUUAAUAAUUACAAUUAUUUGUAUAAGGAAAAAUUUCAAUUUCCAUUUGUAAUUUGCGCGCGCAGGAACAAAGUCGCGACUAUUUUUGAGGGAAUAGAAAAUAGACUUAAAAAUAGUCGCACCGAGGAACUGAAUACUGGAAUAAAUGAGGUGAAGAAAAUAUGUAGGAUAAGAAUUGAUGACCUUGUUUGGUCCAAUGCGUGAAUACAUAAAAGAAAUAACUGAGCAGGCAAUAGUGUUGUGCUUAUUAAGAAUUCUUUCCCUCUUUUAUUUAAUUCAAUUAAGAAUUAUUGUUACUCCUUUGAACAGUUUGAGAUGCAGUAAUUAAAUACAAAUACAUUGAUACGCAAAGCUCUCAGUAA